CAGGCUCGGGCGGGCGGUGGUGUUUCGGGGCAGAGGGAAAUACGCGUCUGCGCUCUCGGCUCAGGCGUGGAGGGUCUCGGAGCUGGGGGGCGUGGGGGCAUCCGGGCGCCGGCGGCUGGUCUCCGGCACGGCCGCUCCCCGACCCCUUCCGGAGGCGGGCGCGCCCCUCUCUGGCUCAUGUGUGGGACACUCCGGAGCAGCUGUUCCCAGAGCCGGUGCCAGCUGUGAAGGCAGUGGGCCCAGGCCUCCAGACACCAUGAGCGUGGGCUUCAUCGGGGCUGGCCAGUUGGCCUUUGCCCUGGCCAAGGGCUUCACAGCAGCAGGCGUCCUGGCCGCCCACAAGAUCAUGGCCAGCUCCCCAGACAUGGACCUGGCCACGGUUUCUGCUCUCAGGAAGAUGGGGGUGAACCUGACACCCCACAACAAGGAGGCCGUGCAGCACAGCGACGUGCUCUUCCUGGCUGUGAAGCCCCACAUCAUUCCCUUCAUUCUGGAUGAGAUCGCGCCUGACAUCGAGACUCGGCACAUCGUGGUGUCCUGCGCAGCCGGCGUCACCAUCAGCUCCAUCGAGAAGGUGGGUGUUGCGGGUCGGGGCUCCGGGGGAUCCGGAGGUGGGGUGGAGGCGUGCCCUGCCCAGGGCUCAGGAGCCUUGGCCCGCUCCACACUCCGGUUCUCCAUCAGCGAGAACUCAGGGAACCGCAGCUGGGUGAGCGCAGGGCCGGGAUGGGCACGCCGCCGGUUUCUCCUCCAGAAGCUGACGGCGUUCCAGCCGGCGCCCAAAGUCAUCCGCUGCAUGACCAACACGCCGGUCGUGGUGCGGCAAGGAGCCACCGUGUACGCCACGGGCACCCACGCCCAGGUGGAGGACGGCAGGCUCCUGGAGCAGCUCAUGGGCAGCGUGGGCUUCUGCACGGAGGUGGAGGAGGACCUGAUUGACGCGGUCACGGGACUCAGCGGCAGCGGCCCGGCUUACGCCUUCACAGCCCUGGAUGCGCUGGCUGACGGCGGCGUGAAGAUGGGGCUUCCGAGACGCCUGGCCGUCCGCCUCGGGGCCCAGGCUCUGCUGGGGGCUGCCAAGAUGCUCCUGGACUCCGAGCAGCACCCCGGCCAGCUCAAGGACAACGUCUGCUCUCCAGGCGGGGCCACCAUCCACGCCCUGCAUGUGCUGGAGAGCGGGGGCUUCCGGUCCUUGCUCAUCAAUGCGGUGGAGGCCUCCUGCAUCCGCACACGCGAGCUGCAGUCCAUGGCUGACCAGGAGGAGGUCUCCCCAGCAGCCAUCAAGAAGACCGUUCUGGACAAGGUGAAGCUGGACUCUCCUGCUGGGGCCUCCGGGGCCCCUCCUGGCCACUCCAAGCUGCUCCCCCGCAGCCUGGCCCCGGCGGGCAAGAGCGACUGAAGUUCCCAACCUGCCCACCCACUGCUCUCUGCCUUCCUCUCCUGGGCCUGGAGCUCCUGCGCUGAGAAUGGCCAGCCCCAGGCCUCACACGGUGCCUCAGGGGGGCUCCUCUGCCCAGGACUCUGGUCCACUCGGGUCGGGGGGUCACGGCCAAGGAAGGGACACUUCGCUUCCGAGUGGGAACUUCCACGGCCCCCGGGUGUGUCCUGGCCCCAAACAAGGAAGGAGUCUCUGACUCAGCCUCCGUCUUCCUCUCCCCCUGUCCGAGUCAGGACCCCCCUCCUCCAGAGCCCAGGAGGCUGGUGGGGGGCUCACUCCCCACUGUCAGCUGGCUCGGGCUUGGGUGCAAAGCUCAGUCAAGGUCCUAGGUACAAAGAUCAAGGUCCCCCCCAACACCCAGCCAAGGAGGGAGUCCAGGCGCACCCCUGCCCUGACUCCACUGUCCACCCGUAACUCCCUUCUCUGCGCGGGGAGGACCAGGGGCUCUCUGGCAUCUUGCAGGAGGGACCACGGCGCUUGGCCAGCUUGACAUUUGAGGAAAGGGCUCCUGAUGUGGCUGAACUGCUGAGGCCCCAACGCCCUCGGCCCAUCGUCUCCCAGUCCUGACCUGACCCACAGACACAGUCACUUCUGUCUCUGACUUUUUAGGCUAAAUAAAUUGGUUUCCAGCUGCAGCGCCCCA